GGCCUUCCCUGAAGUACAUAUAUAUUUUUUAUCUAUCUAGUUUAGGGUUGUGUCAGAGAGUAGAUGUGUCCGAAACAACUAUGGGGUUGUCUUUCCGUCUAACCGCCGUGAAAGAGCUCAAGAAAAGGAAGAAGAAGUUGGAGGAAGUAGGAGCCAGGAGGUGCCGGAGAGGAGCCCCAGGCGUGGCCAUUCUUCAGAUCCCCGAAGAUUUGUUGACAGAAAUCUUGUUGAGAUUGCCGGCGAAAUCGCUGAUGAGGUUAAAGUGCGUGUCAAAGCUCUGGUCUUCCCUCAUCUCCUCCCGCCGUUUCACCAACCUUUUCCUCAAGACUCGGCAACAACGGCGUCUGUUUAUGCAUCUUGUGAACAAGGAAAACCAUUCCGAGUUUGCCUUGUUCUCAUCAUCAUCGCCGAAUCCUUACUCAGACAGAGCUGUCUCUGUACUCAAACGAGAUCUAAACAUGCCGUGGAUGCUGGGAGGCGAGUUCGUGAGUGCUCUCCGUGGCCUGCUUUGUGUCAGAGUCCAGGGAAGAUUGCUUAUCUGUAACCUCACCACCAAGCAGCUCGUGGAGUUGCCCACCAUUAUAAGAAGAACAAGACUAGGGGGGGUUUUACCUAAUAAUGAUAACAACGUGUGGGACUAUUUCUGCCACGACCCUGUUCACGAUGAGUACAAAGCGCUUAACAUAGUUUGGGAGGAGAGCAAGGAAGAAGGUAAAGUUGUUAGAUCCGAGCAUCAUGUAUUGGUACUUGGUCCUGGAGUUUCAUGGAGAUGCAUUCAAAGCAGCACCGCCAUUCCUCCUCAUCGUCCUUGCUCACAAGGUAUCUCCAUCAACGGUGUUUUGUAUUAUGGAGCUUGUAUUGAUAAUAACAAUACUUCUGUGGUUAUGAGUUUUGAUUUGAGGUCAGAAGAGUUCACUUUGAUAAAGUUACCCCUUGACGUAGUCAUGACCUCUAGUCCAAAUCUCAUGAACUACGGUGGGAAAAUAGCUGUUUUUGACUACUCCGUUUCUCUUCUUGCAACUAAUGGUACCGUGGACCUCUGGACAUUGGAGGAUGGUGGGAAAAGUAUCUGGUCAAACAAGAUGUCAUUAGUUUUGCCUGUUUCUCAAAUGAAUUUCGCUAGUAACAAUCACUUGAAGAUGCAAUCCACCACUCGCAGCGGUGAGGUUAGGUUGGCAAAGGCAACCAUCGUGUUUAACCAACAUGUAUUCUAUGUCACCUAUGAUUUCGAGAGGAAUAUGGUAACAUCAAGGUUUAAGUUAAAACCAUUAUCGGCCAGUAUUGGGACUUGCUUGCGGACGAAUUUUUGGGAUGAUACUGAGAGCAUUAUGUAUUUGGAAACCUGAAAACUUUAAUAUAUAUGACCUUUGCCCAUAUGUUUCUUUUA